AUGCCAGUUCUCAGCACCUCCAAGCUGCCUCGCCAAACCAUUCGUGCAAGCGAAGUGAUCGAGUAUAUCUCUCCCCAAUUUGUGUGGGGCGACCCGCGAAGUCAUAUGGCCGCCGGUGUCCUGGCCGUAGAUGACGCUGCUGGUAAUCCUCUCCCUCUUACCCUGGACAGUGUAUAUGCUAAAACAAAAGCUACAACGAAGAAUAAUAACAAGGUAUUGGACAAACGUUCCGGGAUCCACAAAUACCAAGUACACAAGCACGACCUAAGCGCGCGCAUCGUGGAACUCGUACAGCUUCCCGAUCGCGAGGAGCGGUAG